GUUUGAUGCUGAUACGAAGUGAGGUCGCUACAACGGGAGAUGGAUGGACUGAGGCUUUCAACGUGCACCACAACACACUCCGCUUUCCACGCGCGGACAGUCAACGUCUGAUAUGAGCGCGGACUGCGAAAGUUACUACACCAAAGAAAAGGUGUUCGUGGAGGGCUUCACGUGUCCGAAAGCGGACAGUGACACCACGGCACUUUUCUGCUGCGGGUUCAGCGACUUGAAGUACUGCUGCGAUGACCCCAACAGCUUUUUCCCCUACGAAUAUGGAUACAUGUGGUGGUUAAGUCUCGGAGCUCUGGUGGGUCUCUCGGUAGCAGCCGUCGUUCUCCUCGCCUUCAUCAUCACCCUGUGCGUGCUCUGCUACCUGUUCAUCACCACGAAACCCAGAGGUCUGGACAAUGGGCUGCCUCUCCGAGCGCCAGGUUCAACCUCCAGUCCACAAGGACCCGGGCCCAGUCACAGCAGUGCCCCCGCAGGUCCUCAAGGCCUCAGGAAGCACUUUCUGAGGGGCAAGUUGGACUGUGACAACCAGCCCCCGGACCCUGACCGUCUUUUCCAGCGCUGUUUCAUGGCCACUGUCACAUCCAUCAACGUCGAGGGUCCAUCAUAGACUCUUUAGAUUCUCCGUUUCUCUUUUGGAUUGGCUACUUUUGCUUUCUUUCCCAAAUGUCACCACCAAACUUUAUUUUUACACUUUAUAAGAGACCAAGAGAUAAAAUAAAAUAAAAUAAAAUAAAAUAAAAUAAAAUAAAAUAAAAUAAAAUAAAAUAAAUCUGCAAACUGGAAUUCCUCCUAAAAGUCUGAGGCAAAUUCAAAUGGCUUGAUCUGAAAAUGUAGCAGAAUUUACAAAUGUUUUUAUGGUUGCUGAUUGUUUUUGAUUUCUUAGCUUUAUAGCUUUAAUACGGGAAGUCACAUAAAUGAUUUGUUUAAUUUGUUUGUGUAUUAUGACUAGUAUAUGGCUCAAUAUCAAGGCAACAGAAAAGGGCUUCGGCUCCUUGAAAUGAAAGUAGAGAACACAACUCUGAUAUAAAUCUGUUCAACCGAGCGUGGCGGCCUGAAGGAAAGCCAACAAAACAAAACUUAAUGAUUAUGUAGACAUCUAAAUACAACUAAAUACUUGUGGUAAAUCUGGAGAACGUGGUGGUUUGAAGACGAAAAAACUUGAACACAGAUUUCGUUUGAAGUGUGGUCUUAAAUAGUUUUUAGACAAAUGAGACAAACUGAAUUAGAAUAAAUACAUUUAUGCUUAUUUCCCUAAAAAUGUUCCCAAAGUCCAGUCUCUGAAUAAUGAGCAACUUCUAACAUACACCUGGGAAUGUUUUGGUGUAGCCAAAAGCCAGAGUGAUUUUGACUCAGUAAAUUGUUCAGGUCUCUGUGGGGCACUGAGUUUAACCUCGUUUAUGUUCCUGUUCUUUUUUAUUUAACCUUUUAUCUCCAGGACCAAUAGAAACGUUCGGUACAGACAGCCAUUGAACUGUAAAUAUGAGCCUAUGGUUCUCACUGCUGCUGUGUGGUUUUAUGUGUAUUAUGUGUAAAUCUUCAGAGAGAUCUAAGACAUUACUGAAGGACCUGACAUAGUGUCACAUUCUGGUUGCGCUGUGUGGUUGUCUCAUUACACACGUCCUUAUGGGAUGAUUCAGAUGUGAAAUGUCCUGUUCUGUAGCAGCCGCAUUUAGUUUCAUAAUGUUGACUUGUCACUAUGUUAUUUUUUGUAAAUCCUUUUUAGAACUAUGGUCCACCCAACUAUAAGAAGUAUUCUCGUUAAAGUCCAUGGACAUUGAUACUCGUGGUCCAGCUUUACUGACCUAGGUUUAGACUUCACAAGAAAUUGGAAAGUACAUGGUCACCUGCAUAGAGCCUGGCCUCAUGUUGAUGAAAUAUGGGUCCACUUGGGUCCAUACACAGAUCAGUCACAAUAUUAAAACCACUGACAGGAGAAGUGAAUAACAGUGACCAUCUUGUGACAAUACAAUGUUUUGCUGGAAUUUUUAGAUCUGGCAUUCAUGUAGAUGUUCAUGUAGCACCCACCAAGACCAGACCAGGCACCCCGACCCUGUAACAAUGACACUCUUUGAUGGCAGCAGCCAUCCCCAGCAGGAUGCAGACUAACACUGAGACACACACAUGCAAAAAGUAUAACACUGGCUCUCAAUAAUUCUUAGGUUUUACAAGCACAUUGAAUACCAUGAUGGUAAAUGUUGAUCUAUUUAUAUAGUUCUUUUCUACGUAUUGGUACUCUACAGUCACACAUUCGUUCACACAAGCGUUGAGUUUCACACCCUGGUGCCGAGCACCGGGGGCAAUCUGUGGUUCAGCGUCUUGCUCAAAUGAUACUUUGGCAUGUGGUCCAUGUACAGGUAUGGUGGAUCAAACCACUACAUCUUUGGUUUGUGCACAACUGUGCACCUCCUGAGCCUCAUAUAUGAUUGUGGGAACAAAGAUGUAGCAGGAACAGUUUAUUACCGUAUGCAGCCUAUCCUCUUGUCUUUAUUUUGCAUUAACUGAAAAAAAAGAAAGGUUUGCACCUUUAAAUAUUUCAUUCACUUGGAGUGACACAUGGUUAUAUACCACGACAGGUGGAUUUCUUUUGAUGUGGGCAAAUAAACCCCUUAUGUAAAUAUGCGAUAUAAAAGUGACAUUAUGCAUGCAAUGGGAUUACAUGGGGUGACAACAGAUUGUCUCUCACAGCAGCAAUAAAGCCAGGAAUUGAUGACAAAGCUACAUUUUACUUUGCGUGAAAUGUCAGUAAGUGGUUUUCCUUUAGGAGUAAAUGAUUGCUUAUUUCGGUUAAAUAUGUGACCAGCGCUUCUAUAUCAUCCAGGCAAAUAGGGUGAACAAACAGUAUAAAAUAUGGGCUCCACACCACAGAGGCUUUCUAACAGAGAGCAUGAUUACAGAACCAGUGGACCAGACCCAGAAGUUUCUGUAUGAAUUUAUUUGUAUGUUUUGUAAUUUAUUUGUAUCUAGCAAGACAAAAAAAGGAGUUAACAACCCCAAGCUAUGAGUAAGGUAGGUAAUUGGCAGCAUUUUUAGGUGAAAACUCGUGUGUUAACUUGUGAGCUGGUUGUCAGUGUCUUGGCAAUGUGUGUCCAUGACUGUGAGGGGCUUUUGAACAAUGACAUGAACUCCUCCUAAAGAAAGUCGGGAUCUUUAUUUAAUAUUUAUUAUGUAAAUUAUUUUAAAAGAAAAUCAGGGGUACCUGAAUUAACUGUGAGCUGACUUUGUGCUUUCCCACACACCUUGUCACAUAUGCAACCAUCAGUCGUGUGCUUAGAGCUUAAAACCUGGACAAAGACUGGUCAGGCCGACGCUCCGCUUCGGAAACCAUUUAUGUUUUGCUUUACGCCACAGCUGUGAAAAUCCAUGUCUAUGCCAUGACUGCUCAUUUCACUUUGAGAGUCUUUAUGUAACGUCGCUCUCCCCCUCAUUAACGCGACUGGUUAUGUUUGAAAUAAAUGUACCUUCAGCUAAACAUCCGGCAGCUCAAGUGCCUCUUACUGACAAACUUGUAUUUCCCGAAGUUAUUAAAGUUGUAGCUCAUGCUUUGCGUCUCCUCUCUCGAUGCUUAACCCUGAUCUUAGUUCAGCUUGAAUAGUGCGGUGAAACCAAAGCUGCUGUGGGAGCUGUUCAGAUUAUUAAUUCUUUGCUGCAGGGUGUUAUGGCUUAUGAUAUCAGACAUGUCAGUCAGAUCGUAUGAGCCCACGUUAAAUCAUUUAUUAUUUACCACUCGCAUGAAAACGCAUGACAGAGAAGCAAAAUAUCUCCAGGAUGAAAUACGUUGAAACGCGACACCUCAGAAAGUGCCUUGACGGUGUGA